AUGCAGAAAGAGCCAUCACUGUACGAUAUUGUCAUUGUUGGGGCCGGACCAGUUGGGUUACUAUUGUCUGUUUCUCUGUCGAGAUGGGGUUACAAAGUCCGACAUAUCGACAACCGGCCUGUGCCGACGGCGACUGGACGCGCAGACGGGAUUCAGCCACGAACAUUAGAGAUGCUCAAGAACAUGGGACUCAAACGAAAGAUCAUGGCGUAUGAUCCAGCACGAGUAUUCGAAGUGGCAUUCUGGGACCCCGCGCCAGGAGGCAAGAUUGUGAGAACCGGCACGUGGGCCAGUUGUCCCGAGUUCCUCGAUGCAAGGUACCCGUUCACAGCACUCCUGCACCAGGGCCUCAUUGAAAGGGUCCUGAUCGAGGAUUUGGAGAAGAAUGGAACCCGAGUUCACCGGCCAUGGACGAUUACGCGAUUCGAGACCAACCACGCCAACCCGGAGUAUCCGGUCGAAGUGGAUCUGAAGAAUCUCGACAGCAACGUUACCGAGACAGUGAGAUCCAAAUACCUCUUCAGUGGUGAAGGGGCACGCAGUUUCGUACGAGAGCAACUAGGGAUCAACAUCCGGCACAAAGACCCCAUCUCACAUGUAUGGGGAGUGAUGGACGGAGUGGUGCGCACCAAUUUCCCCGACAUCAAGAUGAAAUGCACGAUCCACUCGGACCACGGCAGCAUCAUGGUGAUUCCGCGGGAAAACAACAUGGUGCGACUGUACAUUCAGAUAGCGAGCUCAACGGACCCUGAUUUCUCACCUCGGAAGACAGCAACUGUGGCCGAGGUGCAGGCGGCGGCCAAACGCAUUUUCCAACCCUACUACUGCGACUGGGACCGAGUGGAAUGGUACUCGGUGUAUCCGAUCGGACAGGGGAUCGCAGAUAAAUACACGCUCGACCACCGCGUGUUUAUGGGCGGCGACGUCUGCCACACGCACUCGCCCAAGGCCGGACAGGGGAUGAACACGGCGUUCCACGACGCGGUCAACUUCGCAUGGAAGAUGCAUUUGGUGGAAUCCGGGUUCGCCAGCCGCGACAUCCUGUCGACGUACGAGGUGGAGCGCAAGUUCAUCGCCGAGACCCUACUCAACUUUGACAACAAAUACGCCGCUUUGUUUUCGCAGCGCCAGCCCACCGCGUCUGAAGUCCAGGAUGCACAUAGCCACAGCCACGACAAUCAGGCCUCAAAAAAGGAGUCCACCAAGAACGAAUUCGUCGAAAUGUUCAAAGCCAACUGCGAGUUCACGGCCGGAUUUGGCGUAGCCUACAACGGCAAUAUCUUCAACCAUUCGGCCCAGCACCCGUUCCAACAUCCACUCAUCAUCACGAAUUCACAACACCUACGACCUGGCCGCAUCAUGCCACCAGCGAACGUGACCCGAGUCGUCGACGCCAACGUCGUACACCUCGAGAACGAGAUCCCAUACAACGGCGCAUUCCGCCUCUUCAUCUACGCCGGUCUAUCGCAGUCGCCGAAACGGGGCCAGCACCAGGCCCUACUUGAUCUGGCCACGGGCCUGACAAGUCCCCAAUCAUUCUACACCCGCUUCGCCUGCGCUAACCGCCAGCGUGACAACCAUCACGACAUGGAUAACCCGCACUCGCGGUUCUUCUCGCUCUGUCUGACCCUCGCGGCUAAAAGGCCCGAGAUCGAGAUCUCCGAGCUCCCGGAUCUGUUCCACGACUACGCGGGUCGCGUCUAUGCUGAUGACCGCCGCGAUAUGCGGGUUCCCAAUGCCCCGGCCGCCGCACAUGCCAAGAUGGGCUUGACUGGGCCCGAAGGUGCUGUUGUCGUCGUUCGUCCCGAUGGCCAUGUCGGCGUCGCCGUCAGACUCGUCGAGGGUCCUGGCACCGUGGAGGCUCUUGAAGGCUAUUUCCGCGGUUUUACGGUGGCUGAAGCAGACAGGAAGAGCGUUACCGACCCAUCGUCGUCAUCUUCUGGUUUGGGUGGUGGUGUCGAACAUGUUCGAUCGCAGCUAUGA